CAGCGAGAAGCAAAGUUGCCCACCCUCCUCGAUCUGCAAGCAUGUAUGCACAUCAAGUAAGGGACCGUGUGUACUCUCUACUUCUCUAGCUAGUUAUUGACAACAAGCUAAGCCUCAUACCUGCUUGUUGUCAACCUGCUUGGCCUGGCAGAAUAUCUGUCGAACAAGAAGAUUAGAGGGCGCUUGCACUUGUGCUUAAUUUGUCAACCUGCCUGCUCUUGUCUACAGUCAAGUCAAGGUUGUGUGGCAAAUAUCUUCGGUACGUAUUGAUGGGUUAGACUGGUCGAAUUUGCAGCUGCUUUUCUCUCUAGGUCCUCUUCUUCGACAGAGGAAUAUAUAUACAUCAUGAAUGUUGCUGAGAAGGAGAUCUUAAGAGCCGAUAAUGUUCACGAAGCUGCACAAGAGAUGUUCAAAAUAAUUCAGCUCAGGGGCCGCAUAUUCUGCCUUGAUUGUUGGGAUGGAUUUGGGGCCUCUGCUGUUCUUAGAUACAUGGCGGCAAUGCUUCCAUCCAGGAGAAACAUUCCGGAACUAUGCUUUGACAGAAUAAUUUUCAUAGAUUGCUCAAAGUGGAAUAACAGGAGAGCGGUGCAGAGAGCAAUUGCACAGGAACUGACACUUGACCGCUCUAUAAUGGCUACUCUAGAUAAGCAAGACGAAGAGGAUGAUUUUAAGGGAAUUGGUGAAAGCUCGAGGAAUGAGAUAGGCAGUGUUGCACAAGUGAUUGAGCAAACCCUGACUGGCACCAAAUUUAUGAUGUUUUUUCUCAAUGGAAGUGAUGACGAGGUUGACAUUGGUUCGUUUGGCAUUCCUCUUACAAGGUUUGGUAAAAACAUGAUGAUAUGGACCUUCAACAGGUGCUGCUUGACAAUGCAUCGCCAUGUUGACCGUCUUUCGAUAUCAAGCAAUCUAAGAUAUACUCAUGUUUUCAUAUAUUCAUUCCGGGGAGCUCGCUCAUUAAUAGCUUAUGAGUUUCAAGAACUACUUCAUCAACAAUGUGCCACCAUAGUUGCUCGAAGUCCAUCUAUGCUAGACAUCAACCCUACAAUGGUUAAAGAAUGUUGCCUCUAUGGGUUAUUUCUUCAUUAUAUUUUUCACAUUUCCACCAAACUUGAUUGGAUCGCUCAUGCUUCCAACUAUUGGAUAUGUGAUGCAAUCAUACAAGGGGACAAAGCAAGGGAUGUUAGUAACACAUUGCAUGGAGAGAUAAAUUGGGAGGGUGAUGCUACUGUGAUUGAUGAGGUGCUUCAGAUGCUCAUGAAAUAUUUUGAGCAUUUAUUUCUGGUAGUUAAAGAUGAUGAUGUCUAUAAGGAAGGGUCAUACCGUUGGAUUUCAGUCACAUCAAAAAAUAUGGAAAUAUGUGGUAUGCAAACUAUUCCUGCAGUGACGUCAUCUCUGUUUUUGGCAUUUGAAAGAUCCGAUCACCCACCAACUCUGCAAAAAGGCUUCUUUGAACAUUCCAACAAGCUUGGUGUGCUAGUUCUCUGUUUCUGUGCCUUCAAUUUUGCAUCACCUCCUUUUCACCAUUGUCAGAACCUCAGAUUCCUUGGAUUGGACCAUUGUACACGUAGCAAAACAUGUGAAGCAGAUAAUCAUCAAGAGUGGGCAUGCUUGUAUAAUCUUUUGGUGCUGGACCUACGCUACACAGAGUGGGAUAAUAUCUUAUCUGAGGAGAAAAUGGAUCUUAUGAAAAGCAUCACAGAACUAAAUAUAGAAGGAGUCAGAUGUUGGCGGUACACAGCUCAGUUACAAGGGAGGCUGCCUAACCUUGAGAGACUCCGAAUAAUCAAACCAACUUGUCAGCAUGAGACAUCAAAUGAUGUUGAUAACUCCUUCACAGAUAAGAAAAGUAUGAAAAUACUAGAUUUUUCAGGCAACUCUGACAUGAAAACUCUUCCAACAAGUCUAUCAAAGGCGAGCAGGCUUCAGAUGCUCAUACUUGAUGGUUGUGAUGGACUGGAAAGCAUUGUUGCCUCUGGUCUGCUUCCUCCUUCUCUCAAGACCUUUAGCUUUGAUGGCUAUGGGCCAACUCGCCAGAGGACAUCAACUGUUGAGCUACCUCCGAAAGAUUUCCGUCCACCUCCCAAUGAAGAGAAGAAGGGUAUCUCUACAUCGAGGAUCUCCCUGGUAGGCUGCACACAAUUGGAUAAUCUGUUCUUGCGUGGGUUACCCAACCUUGUGGAACUGGAUCUCUCCGGAACUGCGAUCAAGAAGCUUGACUUCAAGACUAUGGUGGUGCAGGUCCCAAGGCUCAAGCGGUUAUUUCUAAUAGGAUGCAAGCACCUUCGUGCAAUCAUUUCUUUGGAGAAGAUUGAUCAUCUUGAGUUAGUGUGCAUAGACACGCGA